AUGUAUUACCACGUAUUGCCAUGUAUUACCAUGUAUCACCAUGUAUUACCAUGUAUAGCCAUGUAUAGCCAUGUAUUGCCAUGUAUUGCCAUGUAUAGCCAUGUAUUGCCAUGUAUACCCAUGUAUAGCCAUGUAUUGCCAUGUAUUACCAUGUAUCACCAUGUAUUACCAUGUAUAGCCAUGUAUAGCCAUGUAUUGCCAUGUAUAGCCAUGUAUUGCCAUGUAUACCCAUGUAUUGCCAUGUAUACCCAUGUAUAGCCAUGUAUACCCAUGUAUAGCCAUGUAUUGCCAUGUAUUACCAUGUAUAGCCAUGUAUUACCAUGUAUCACCAUGUAUUACCAUGUAUAGCCAUGUAUAGCCAUGUAUUGCCAUGUAUUACCAUGUAUUACCAUGUAUUACCAUGUAUCACCAUGUAUUACCAUGUGUAGCCAUGUAUAGCCAUGUAUAGCCAUGUAUUACCAUGUAUCACCAUGUAUUACCAUGUAUAGCCAUGUAUAGCCAUGUAAUGUCAUGUAUAGCCAUGUAUUACCAUGUAUCACCAUGUAUUGCCAUGUAUAGCCAUGUAUAGCCAUGUAUUACCAUGUAUCACCAUGUAUUACCAUGUAUAGCAAUGUAUAGCCAUGUAUAGCCAUGUAUAGCCAUGUAAUGUCAUGUAUAGCCAUGUAUUACCAUGUAUCACCAUGUAUUGCCAUGUAUAGCCAUGUAUAGCCAUGUAUAGCCGUGUAAUGUCAUGUAUUGCCAUGUAUUACCAUGUAUCACCAUGUAUUACCAUGUAUAGCCAUGUAUAGCCAUGUAUUGCAAUGUAUUGCCAUGUAUAGCCAUGUAUUGCCAAGUAUACCCAUGUAUAGCCAUGUAUUGCCAUGUAUUACCAUGUAUCACCAUGUAUUACCAUGUAUAGCCAUGUAUAGCCAUGUAUUGCCAUGUAUAGCCAUGUAUUGCCAUGUAUACCCAUGUAUUGCCAUGUAUACCCAUGUAUAGCCAUGUAUACCCAUGUAUAGCCAUGUAUUGCCAUGUAUUACCAUGUAUAGCCAUGUAUUACCAUGUAUCACCAUGUAUUACCAUGUAUAGCCAUGUAUAG